CGUCGUGUGUGGAUCAAGAAAUACUCGAAUCUCGCGCGUCGUGACAGACGGUUAAAAAAAAAUUUAUUUAAAAAUUUUUUUUUCUUAAUAUUUUUCAUCGGUAUCGUGUAUAUACGUAAGAAGUACGAAACCUACGCGCGCGCGUUCGCUACGUUAAAUCACUACCAAAUGGCAUCAAUUGCUGCCGAUUAGAUCAUUUUCCGAUGAAAAUUGCAACUUUUCCUGCGGAAAAUUGAAAAAUACAACCUCGAACUGCCAUUUGCGGAAAAAAUCACGCACGAUUUUUCAUCUAGUUGGCGUAUGAAGUCAUCUUCGUUGAGAAAAUCUUUAAAAAAAAAAUCUGCUAAAAAUAGACAGCAGAGUGGAGGAAAAUCAACGUAAUGCAACAACAACACGACUAAACGAGAGGAAAAAGUAAAAAUAAGUGAAUUGAAUGGAAUUGUAUAAGAAGAGACGAAGACAAGACAGUUAAAUUGUGUUUUAUUGAAUUAAAAAAAAAAAAAGAGAAACAAAAGAAACGAAAAAAAAAAAAACAAACGAAGCAUAAAUUGUGUAAGCAAGUGCCUAAAAGCAAAAAUAAAAAAAAAUAACAAUCAAAGGAUAUUAACUUUAUAAAUGAAAGGAAAUUAGAAAAGGAAUGAUAAUCAGAAAUACAAAAAUGGCAAAAAGUACAUUAAAAUUCCUGCUGUUCGUAGUGCUGCUAACGUGUCAAGUCAUCACCAAAAUUAAUGCAUUUAACAUUGAAACGACAAAUUACAUCCGACAUGAGGGCGAGUCCAGUUCCAUGUUUGGCUUCAGCGUAGCCCUGCAUGCGGAAAAUGUCCGUAAAUGGGUCAUUGUUGGCGCGCCAAAAGCCCAAAGUAAUCAAGAUGGCGUCCGGAAUGGCGGUGUCGUUUAUCGGUGCGAAAUUUACGGCGACAAUCGGUGUCAGCCCGUUAGAUUUGACGCGAUCGGUCACGUACAAGAAAGCACAAAAUCCAAUCAAUGGUUUGGCGCUACCGUCGCGAGUGCUGGCAUGAAUGGACCAUUGAUCGCGUGUGCUCCGCGUUACGUUUUCCACGGAUUUUCGCCGCGCAAAUCCGAGAGACAUGAACCGGUUGGUACGUGCUUCGUAACGAACAAUAACUUUACGACUUUCGAUGAAAUUUCGCCGUGUCGCACGACGCAAUGGGGAUACCAUCGACAAGGAUCGUGCCAAGCUGGAUUUAGUGCUGCUGUGACAAAGACAGGAGAUCGCAUGUUUAUUGGAGCUCCUGGCAGUUGGUAUUGGCAAGGGCAGGUUUAUUCGUAUAACGGAAGAAAUCAUCGUGAUCAAAGUUUUGCGACGAAAGAAAGUCCAAGUACGGAUGACGAUUCGUAUCUCGGGUAUUCGAGUGUUGCCGGUGACUUUAAUGGAGAUGGCGAGCAAGAUGUCGCUGUGGGUAUGCCACGCGGCGCUGGAUUGCUUGGAAAAAUCGUCAUUCUCUCGCAAAACAUGAAUCAUCAACGUAACAUCACGGGCAAGCAAAUCGGAGAGUACUUUGGAUACUCUCUUGCUGUUGCCGAUGUCAAUGGAGACAACUUAGAUGACUUAAUUGUAGGAGCUCCAAUGCAUACAGAGCCCAAUAAUGAAGAGAAAUACGAAGUUGGUCGAAUUUACGUCUUUUAUCAAAGCCGUGAUGAAUCUCAAACCUUUGGAAGACAACAUUUCCGUGACGGAUUACGAUCAAAAUCUCGUUUCGGUUUGGCUUUGUCUACACUAAAAGACGUAAAUCUCGAUGGUUAUGAAGAUUUUGCCGUGGGAGCCCCCUACGAUGGCGAAAAUGGUCGCGGAUGCGUUUAUAUCUACUACGGAUCGCAAGAUGGAGUACGUGAAAAGGCAUCUCAAGUCAUAAAUGCUGAAACAAUUGCCGAUUCUCGUUUCCUAAAGACUUUUGGAUUCUCACUUUCGGGCGGCGUCGAUCUCGAUGGCAAUACUUACCCCGAUCUCGUGGUAGGCGCAUAUGAAUCAAAUCGCGUUUUGGUAUUCCGAUCACGUCCCGUCGUCGUAAUUGAAGCAACAACCAGUUUCUCUGCCGAAAAUAAAUUGAUUUCGUUGGACAAUGCCAAGUGUUUCUUGCCACGAUCAAAUACGCGAGUCGUUUGUACGCAAAUUGACUCUUGCAUCAAGUAUCACGGCAAAAAUGUACCUCCAGAAUUGGAUAUAAACGUAUCAUGGUUGUUGGAUGCGAAAAAGUCUAAAACGCCUCGUUUGAACUUCUUAGACUACCAAGGUACAAAUGUUUUGAAUAACACAAUUCACUUGUAUCGCAAUCGUCGUGAAUGUCGCACGGAACGCGUUUAUCUCGUUAAUGUUCGUGAUAAAUUGACCCCAUUGGAAGUCGAAAUGAAAUACGAUCUCCCUAAAUCUCCUUAUUCAUCAUCUCAACGUCAACCUACUGCAACGCUUGAACCUGUCCUUGACUUAAACGUCGGCACAAUGCAAACCGAUUCAAUUAACAUCCAAAAGAAUUGCGGUCCAGACAACAUUUGUAUCCCUGAUUUGCGUUUGCGCGUCGAUACAGUCGACAAAUUCUUGCUUGGUUCUGAAAGCAAUCUCAAAGUAGAAGUUGAAAUUACUAAUCACGGCGAAGAUGCUUUCGAAGCUGGAUUCUUCAUGAAUGUUCCUCAAGCCUUGAAUUUCCGUAAAACCGAAGCUAUUGGAAACAAAACUCUUGUUACUUGCACAGCUCCUUCAAUUUACAAUAAUGGCACACUAAAAUGCGACAUUGGAAAUCCCUUGCCCAAAAAUCGCGAAGUUCGUUUCAAUGUCAUUUUGCAACCCACAAAAGAAGCAACACAAGCUCCCAGCUACGAUUUGGAAAUGAUUGUAAACUCUACGAAUCCCGAACUCGAUCAAACCGACUUUAAUAAUCGCAUCAAAAAGAACAUUGGAAUCUGGAUCGAAACUAAUUUAACUAUUUUCGGUACCUCAGUUAUUUCGGGCACGUCAGAAACGAAAAUCGAGUACAACACGACGGAAUAUCUCGCUGUCGAAAAUGCUACAACCGAAGCAGAAAUUGGACCACAAACUGUUCACAUUUAUAACAUACAAAAUACAGGUCCAUCACGCAUUCAAGAGUCAGAAUUGUACAUUUUAUGGCCAUAUGCAACGCAAGACAAUAAGCCGUUCGUGUAUCUAUUAAAUGAUCCCGAAACACAUGGUAACAUCAAGUGCGAACGUGCCCCACAUAUCAAUGAGUAUAAUCUCGAAUUGGAUCGAACACUUGUUCAAAAGAGUUAUUUGGAGAGUGCUGGCGUAUAUCGCAGUACAGAAGGUGCAACGGCAUCUCGUUUACAUCAGACAAGACGAAAUGAAACACAUUUCACGUCAUCUUCAUCUUCUUCCUCGUACUCGAGUGGCGAAGAUUAUUCUCGCGGAAGUGUCUUGGGAGGAGCUGAACAACAAAGAUCUCAAUGGAGCUCAAGCUCUGCAAGUCGAGGACACAAUUUGGAUGUAAUUCCUCCGAGAAUUCCUCCUCCAACAACAACAACUACGACGACAUCAACAUCGAGACCUGUAGCUUCAGGCUCUCGUUUCAGCGGAUGGGAAGCUUCUCAAGGAAGUGCUUCACGAGGAGGUUAUGAAAGUAGUCGCGGAUCAGGAAGUUCAUCAAACUCGUAUGAUCGUGAAGCCUCUUACGGAAGCAGCUCAGGCUCCCAAUACGAAUCUGGAAGUCAAUCUCGCGGAGCUCAAGGUUCAUAUCGCGGCGGAAGUCAAGCCUCUUCAGGAUCUGGUUGGCAAAGCGUUGGCGGGCCUCGUUACGAAGGCGGCGGCGGAAGUACUCAAUACGUUUCCGGUAGUUAUGGAGGAGCUCAAGGACGAGAUGCUUCAUAUUCUUCCGGAGGCUCAUGGGGCUCCUCGUCAGGAUCUCAUUCAGGUUCUUCCGAUGGCAGUUCUCGCUCUUACGAUCGUACAUUCUCAAGCGGUUCUGAAUACAGCGGAGGUCGUAAUUACUCUUCUCAUUCUUCGUCUGAUGGGCGUCACGGAAGUUCUUCCGCACAAUGGGGAACUCGUGGAAGUAGCGGAUCACGAGAUGGCGUUGCUGGAACACAAAACUUCAAUUUAAACACAAUUCAAACGAACGACAAAGACGACGAUGAUGGUCUCAAACAUUAUCAUCUCUUUGUCAAGCGUGAAGUUGAUAACGCUCUCGCUGAAGCGCUUCAAUGCACGCCCGCCUUCAAAUGUGCCAUGUUCAAAUGCACCGUUGGUCCGUUAGAAAACAACGACGACGCUUAUAUCGCACUCCGUACACGUCUAGUCAUCAAAACGCUCGAACAAAUCUCCACAGAUCCCGUGUCGUUCUCGACCAUGGCAGUUGGUCGCGUCACAAAACUCCCGUAUAUCGAUCGACCCAAAAACGAGCCCAUUAAAAAGCACGAAAUUGUCAAUACCGCGAGCGAAGUGGUUGUGCCAACAGAGGGCGUUAUCCCAUUAUGGGUCGUGAUAUUGGCAGCACUCGCUGGUACCUUACUACUCUUACUUCUCAUCUUACUUUUGUACAAAUGUGGCUUCUUCAAACGAAACCGUCCCUCGAGAUCGCCCGAAACGACGCCACUCAAGAAGGCAGCUUACGGUCACAAUGACGAACAUCUCUAAACAAACAAUUUAAAUGUUAAAACGAGCUUUUAGCACUUUUUUUUUUAAAUUCGUACGAAGUAUUUUUUUUUUUUGCCCACACACAAAACUUGUGAGCAUGUAUAUGUGACAAAAAUCGCUAUAAAAAUGUCCGAAAUGAUAUUUAAACUAUUAAUUUAUUAUUUUUUUAUGAGAAAAAAAAACUUGUCUCGCGCCCGUUUGUUACACAUUUUAAUGACGAUUUUUUUACAUACAAAUACCCUGAUUUGUAAUUAAAAACAAAUAAAAAAAAACGAAACCUGUCGAAAAAAAUCGAAUAUUUUCAAGAAAAAAAUUUAAUAACAAUUAGACUAACCAAAGAUUUUAUUUUGGAUUUUUUUCAUCUUCUUUCAAAUAACUUAUUAAUACUUAAAAAGAGCAAAAACAAAAAAAAACUUGAAUGUUAAUUAUUUGAAAAUAUUUGUUCUUCAAUGGAGAUAAAUGCGAACCAUAGGUGCCUUAUCUAUAAAUAAAUAUAUAUUUACAAGUCAAGUCAUAUUUAUUAAUGUUAUUCUUGUUUCUCUCUCUUUCUGUCGCUCUAUUAGUCGAUGAAACUCACUAACUCUUAAUUUUUAGUGUAAUAUUAAUAUUAAAUAAUAAAUAAUAAAAGUAAAAGUUAAUAAAUAAAAAAAAAUGUAAGAAAAAAAAUAAAGAAAAAAGAUGAGAUAAUUGAUAAUAAAUAAUAAUAAAAAAAUAUAUAAUGAAUGCAACGCAAGUUUUAAUGUAAAUAUAUUUAGAAUGAAGACGCUGCUGUUGAUGCUGCAAGUUUAAGAUAAAAAGAAGAAAAUUAUAUUAAAAACAUCAUGGAGAGAUGAUUCUCAUAUGUUUUGCUAUAGAUAAAUAUUUGUUGUUUGUUUUAGUUAAUUGAGUGCCAACCGAGAAAAGAGACACGAGUCGUUUGGUCGCUUUAGUUUAAAGAAGGGGAAAUAGAAGAGUUUAAGAAUUUAAGUCAUAAAAUUAAUUUUUUUGUAUGGAAUUGAGCGUUUAAGGCAGAUGCAAUUACUAAAAGUGUUUCAAACUUGAAUUAGCAAGAAGGCGAUUUACGAAUUUCGGAAAUUUUUUAAAAAUUGACGAAUAAAAUUAAACAAAUUCUUAAACAAAAUUUUUGACUGAAGGUU